AUGAACCCCGAGUACGACUACCUCUUCAAGCUGCUGCUCAUCGGCGACUCGGGCACCGGCAAGUCCUGCCUGCUGCUGCGCUUUGCCGACGACACCUACACCGAGAGCUACAUCUCCACCAUCGGUGUCGACUUCAAGAUCCGCAGCCUGGAGUUUGAGGGCAAGACGAUCAAGCUGCAGAUCUGGGACACGGCAGGACAGGAGCGCUUCCGGACCAUCACCUCGUCGUACUACCGCGGCGCACACGGCAUCAUCGUCGUGUACGAUGUCACGGACCAGGACACGUUCGCGAACGUCAAGCAGUGGCUGCAGGAGAUCGACCGGUACGCCUGCGAGGGCGUCAACAAGCUCAUGGUCGGCAACAAGAGCGACCUGACGAGCAAGAAGGUCGUCGAGUACAACACCGCCAAGGAGUUCGCAGACCAGCUCAACAUCCCCUUCCUGGAGACGAGUGCCAAGGCAUCGACGAACGUCGAGCAAGCAUUCCUGACCAUGGCCAAGCAGAUCAAGGACCGUAUGGGCUCGACGGCCGUCAACAACGCCGCGGGCGGCAAGUCGAACGUCAAGCUCGGACAGGGCCAGUCCGUCGGCGAGAACGCACAGGGCGGCUGCUGCUAG